CAUGUUGGUCUGAGUUAAGGAAGGCUCCGCAGGCGUGGGGGGUCAGGGAGGCGCGUCGCCCGGCCCGAGGGAGCCAGUCCUUCAACAGACUGAGAUGCUCGGGGCUGAGCUCUCUUUCAUUCUCUUGAAAAACUCUUUUUUUUUUUUCUGUCUGGCUUUUAAUUCUUUUGAAUGAAAAAACCUCUUUCUUUUUUUUUUUUUUUCCCGUGUGGCUGUUAGAAAGACUUUAACUGUUCCCGCAAGCAGUCCCGUGGUGACGGGUUUGGAUCUGCUCAGAGGCUGCAAAGGCAUUCAAAGGGAAAGGAAGCACAAGCGCCGAUGAGAUUAGAAAAUACUUCCAUAUUUUUACAAUAGGAUUGGAAGGACGGGGCGCCUCCACGCUGCACAGCUGAAGGCAAACCUAUGCUGCCAGCUACCACCGCCAACUGCCGCAUCAGCGAGGACUAAACCUGGCCAGAGGAGCUUCUGAUCAAGAAAUCAGAUUUUCUAGGGUCUGGAAGAGUCAAUAUGUUGGAUCGGAUUCAUCUGCUGGCUGCUGUGACAGUCCUGGGAGUCCUGGAGCAAGCCUACUUCUUCCUCCAGGUGAUCUAUGCCAGGAGGGCGUUUGGCAUUUCUCCUCCGAAGAUCUCAGGCCCACCUGAAUUUGAGAGGGUCUUUCGAGCACAGGUGAACUCCUCUGAAUAUUUUCCCAUUUUCCUGGCACUUCUGUGGCAGGCUGGACUCUUCUUCCAUCAAGGUCUGGCUGCAGCCUUGGGUCUGCUCUAUCUCUACGGCCGCUACUGCUACUUUAUGGGAUACAGGGCAUCGUCCUCAGACAGGCUCACCCCAAUAUACUUUAGCAGUGGAGUUCUCUGGAUUCUCGCUGCAGCGUCAACCCUGGGCAUCUUGCAUUUCUUCCUCUCUCACUACGUGGGGCUGAACGUCCUCCAGCUUCUCACAGCAUGACCUGCUCCUCUGUCCCUCAUCGGUGUCCUCGCCUUCGAGUCCUGCUCCCUCCUGCCCAAGGUAACAGACUGGCUGUACCUAACGCAGCACAAACAACAAGUCCACCCUCACCUGAGUUUUUAACACCUCCCUCCCCGCUGCCCAGCGCCGGCACGAACUGCUGAACUCCUCAAGAGUUAUUUUUACCCCACUUGGUACUUUUUGUGCCAAGUCCUCCAUACCUGGCAGCUCCGUCACGCCUGAUGUGGAAACAACACUCCAAAACAAGGAGAAUUUUAGGAAAACCAGACACAUAAAAGCAAGCUCAUCUCAGGCUGAGCUUCCCAGUGAGCCACCCCAGGGAAUCGCCAUGCGUUCCCCUUUCUCCGGUGGCUCUGCCUUCAGCCCAGGCACCAAAUGGGGGCUCAUGCCAGUUUUCCAAGGCCCACACCUAAGAAAGGCAUUUGUUUGAAACCAGACGUGGGCUGAGGCAUAACAAAGAAGGCGAAACAGGAGCAGCCACCAACAUGUUGUGUGAAAGUCUGUUAGUGCCCUCAUAAUGGCUAUUAGCCAUUGCCUGUGGGCGAUACCGUAAAUGAGACUGCGCAAACUCAUAACCACUACUGCAUGUAUAACUUUGAAUACUGCUGAGUGACAACGUGCACAAAUAAAAGGACCCUGAGCUUGC